AACCAAGUGUACGCUCUAUUCCAUUGUAAACGGCCAUUCGGCGAGUAUCAUAUCCCGGAAGUUAUUCGAAUUCAAGACCAGCAAGAGCUCGAACAUUGUCGAAAUGACUUCGUUUAAAGUAGAGCAGUUACCGUCGCCCUUAAAUGUGUUGGGAGAAGGACCACAUUGGAGCAUUGAACACCAAUGCUUAUAUUAUAAUGACAUUUACGGUGGAACCAUUCAUCGAUAUGAUUACGCUCAAAACAAAACAUACACCGCUACAAUUGAUGGAUUCCCAGUUAUUUCAUUCAUUAUUCCAGUGGAAGGUGACAACCAAAAGUUCAUAAUUGGAACUGACAAAAAAGUUACUCUUAUUGAAUGGGAUGGAGUAUCUGAGCAGGGCAAAUUCAUUAAAACGGUUGGGGAAGUGGAAUUCGAUUUACCGGAUAAUCGGUUCAAUGAUGCCAAAACGGAUUCCAGAGGUCGUUUCUAUGGCGGAACGAUGAGACUUGAGGCAAAGGGUGACAUUUUUGAGGCUCGGCUAGGAACUUUCUACCGAUAUGAUGCAUUGAAACAAAAGUUUGUUGGGUUGAAAAAGAACAUAGGCGUUUCUAAUGGUUUGUGCUGGAACGAGGCCGGUAAUUUGUUCUACUAUAUUGAUUCGUGUGACUUGGAUGUCAAGGAAUAUCACGUGGACGAAAACGGAGAUCUUUCCAAUGAAAGGAAAGUGAUUGAUUUCACUGUAAACGGUGCUCGUCCCUCCUUCGUACCUGAUGGAAUGACCAUUGAUACGGAUGGAAACUUAUAUGUGGCAACCUUUGGAGGUUCAACAGUUUACAAGAUAAAUCCCAAGAAAGGAAAAAUCGAAUUGGAAAUAAAGUUUCCAUGCGAACAAAUAACGUCAGCAGCCUUUGGGGGACCUAACCUUGAUAUUCUUUUUGUGACAACCGCUGCAAAGGAAUUUAAGUCGCCACAACCAGCCCCGGCAGGCGCUCUAUUCAAGGUUACCGGUCUAGGAGUAAAAGGGACGCCCAUGCACAACGUCAACUUAGGGUGAAAACGAGAUAUUAACAAAUUACGGAAAAUAAUUACGUCAGAAAUAAAUAUGUUAAAAUGGA